UCCAUACACUUUACUUUUUCUUUUCAGGCAAUUAAUUGAAUCUAUGGCAUCAUCUUCUUCUUCUGCGAGUAAUUCACAGAACUUUUCUCGAUGCAAGUACAAUGUCUUUGUAUGUUUCAGAGGCACAGAUACCCGGGAUAAUUUUACGAGUCACUUGUGCAAAGGUUUUAAAAAUAGGGGAAUAGCCACCUUUCUAGAUGAUGAAAGUCUAGAGGCUGGCGAUUCCAUCUUAGAAGAACUCAUGAAAGCAAUAGAAGAGUCUCAAGUUGCCGUAAUCAUUUUCUCAAAGAAUUAUGCUACGUCAAGUUGGUGCUUGAAUGAACUAGUGAAGAUUAUGGAAUGCAAGGAGAAAAAAAAUGGACUCACAGUUAUACCGAUCUUCUGUAAUGUGGAUGCAUCACAUGUUCAAUACCAAAGUGAGAGCUUUAAAGAAGCAUUUGCCAAACAUGAAUCGAGGUAUAAGGAUGAUGUUGAGGGAAUGCAGAAGGUGCAACGACGGAAAACUGCCCUAACUGCUGCCGCAGGUCUAAGUGGAUAUGUAUUCCCUAGCAGGUUUGAGUCAGAUGCAGCCUGUAUUAACCGUAUUGUUGAUCAAAUUUCGUCUAAAUGCAAUACUUCAGUAUCUUAUUUGCAAGAUGUUGUGGGUAUAGAUACCCAAUUAAAGAAAGUAGAAUCCCUACUACAAAUGGAAAUCAAUGAUGUUCGGAUUGUGUGGAUCUGGGGAAUGGGGGGCGUUGGUAAAACAACAAUAGCAAAGAAGAUUUUUUGUAAACUCUCUUCCAAUUUUAAAGAUAAAAGACUUAAUAAAGACACGAAGCCGAAUCUAACGUAA